GUGUGCACAGGCUGUACAUAGCUCACACCGCUAGCACUGCAUUUCACCAGAGCUCCCCAGAUUGCCUGUGCAGCAAAACCAAAGAGCUAAGAACAAUAUGCCCAUUGUAAAAUAUCCUAGGACCGUAGAGCCUCUCUGGAAUGAAUGGGACAGGAAGGCACAGAAGUGUGGAUUAAGACAUACAAUUUAUGCUGUCAAUAGGGAUCACUAUACUGGCGAAUGGUUGGACAAUUUGAAGCAUGGUAAAGGUACACAGACUUGGAAAAGUACAGGCGCAAUAUAUAAUGGUGACUGGAAGUUUGGAAAACGGGAUGGAUAUGGAACAUACAGCAUUCCUGACCCUGUAACUAAAGAAUACAAGAAAGUGUAUUCAGGCUGGUGGAAAAAUGACAAAAAAUGUGGCUAUGGAAUUAAGUUUUACUCGGACAUGGAAUAUUAUGAAGGGGAAUGGAGUGGUGGGAAAAGAAGCGGCUGGGGCAGAAUGUACUACAAGGAUGGAUCCAUCUAUGAAGGACAAUGGUUGGAAGACCAACACAGUGGCCAAGGAAUGCUUCGCUUAACAAAUGAAAAUCGGUAUGAAGGAACAUGGAAAGAUGGAAAAAAACAUGGCCUAGGAAAGUUUUUCUAUCUGAAUAAAGGCCAGUUGUUUGAGGGUUUCUGGGUAGCAGAUAUUCCGAAGUGUGGAACUAUGAUUGACUUUGGAAGAGAAGAAGCUCCUACUCCUACACAGUAUCCAAUACCCAAGAUUAAACUGGCCAAUCCAGAUGAUGUUUUAGAAGAGGCCCAGGCAAUGCUUGAUGACAGCCAAGAAUGAGAACAGGCUGCUGAUAAAGAUAUGAGAAAAGAACACAAGACUCAUUGUUACUUCUUCAUUUGAAUCAUCUUUUUAGAUCCAUGGUAUAUGAGACGAUGUGUUUUGUAAAGCAGAGAAGCAGCACCAAAGCCACUUUGGUCUCAAGAAAUUAAUUAGUUCCUCAAAACUGCCACAAUGUAAACUUCAUUCUGUAUUUCUAUUUGGACAGGAUCCAUUUUACUCAGGAGUUUAGAAGCUGGGGAGGCCUUAUAGGAAGAAAUAAUUCUGUUCAUGUAUAAAUUAAAAGUAAGUGCUGACCUCCUUUGACACUAUAUUAUAGAAACACUAUGUCUGAUUGUAAACCAAUUUCCAGGUUGUUUUAAUACCAGAUGGCCAUGGUCAAAUGGGCUGAAAGCCAAGCACACACUAUCCAUACUUUCAUGUUCCAGUCACAAGAAUUAAAGUCAUGGCACUCUGAAUUAAAGUCAUUCUGGAAGGUCUGUAUUUUUAUUUUCUUCAAACCACAGCACUAACUCAAUGUAAUGCUAGUGCUACUGUUCAAAUUAAA